CUUCCUUCCUUCCUCUCUCUCUUUCUUCUUCUUUCUUCUUCCUUCCUUCCUCUCUUUCUUCUCUCUCUGUCCCCUCCUUUUCCUCCACUAAACCUUUCCUUCACCCAUAACAGUUCUAUUUCAGCAGGACCCCAACUCAGUGGAGCUGGCUGGCUACAGACUGACACACUGACACCGGGACCUGAGAUAACCCUUUCUUCCUUGAAUUUUUUCAGAGAAACAGUAGCCUGGCUUCUGUGGAGAACCACUCUCCUUCCUGUGGGGCUGCUGGCAUGACAAACCCAUGACAAGCAGAACCCAUCUCCAAGUGGCCACACCCUGUUUGUCUGUCUGUGUAACCAUCCUGACAUCUGCUCAGCUGUGAUCAGUGGUUGCAGACACCAUGACCCCUGCAUUCAUGGCCUUUCUCAGCCUGGGGCUGAGUCUGGGCUCCGGGACCCCAGGGCAGGCAGGGACCCUGCCCAAACCCAGGCUCUGGGCUGUGCCAGGACCUGUGAUACCAUGGGGGAAACAUGUGACCCUCUGGUGUGAGGGGACCCUGGAGGCCCAGCAGUACCAUCUGUACAAAGAGGGCAGCCCAGCAUCCUCAGACACACAGAUGUCUCCUGGGCCCAGGAACAAGGCCAAGUUCUCCAUCCUAUCCAUGACAGCGAGCUAUUCAGGACAAUACCAUUGUUAUUAUCUCAGCCCUUCUGGGCAGUCAGAGCACAGUGACCCUGUUAAGCUGGUGGUGACAGGAGUCUACAGCAAGCCCAGCCUCUCAGCCCUGCCCAGCCCUGUGGUGACCUCAAGAGGGAAUGUGACCCUCCAGUGUAGGUCAAGGGAGCGAUUUGACAGGUUCAUUCUGACUAAGGAAAGAGGAGACAAGCUCUUCCGGACCCUGGACUCACAGCCAGGCCCCAGUGGGCAGGUACAGGCCCUGUUCCCUGUGGGCCCUGUAAACUCCAGCCACCGGUGGACAUUCAGAUGCUACGGCAACAACGGGAGCCAACCCUGGCUGUGGUCAGAGCCCAGUGACUGCCUGGAGCUCCUGAUCCCUGGACACGCUGCAGAUUGGCCAUGCAGACCCCCAAAGUUAAGAUCACCUACUAGGCGUGAAUUUCCCACCCUUCCUCAAGGACCAAACAGGCUGAAGAAGACUGUGAUCUGGGGCCCAGUGGCUGUUGGCAUACUCUUCCUCCUCAUCCUCAGACACUGGUGUCAGAGCAAAAGCAGGAAGGCAGAUGCCGCCAUGCAGGACGCAGAGACUAAGAAUGGGAUGCAAUUGAAUGCCUGGAGCCCACCUGACAAGGAUCCCCAGGGAGCAGCGCAGGAUGUGAGCUACACCCAGCUGAACAACUGGAUGCUCAUACAGAGGACAGCUGCUCCUCAUUUCUCCCAGGAUGGGGCCCUCCAAGCGGAACCCAGUGUGUACGCUGCCCUGGUGCCCCCUUACCCAGGAGCUGUCCCAUAGGAUGCUAAGUGACACCUCAGCCAGGGGGGCGAGUGGGGGGGGGACAGGAACCUCCAAAGAUUCGGGGACCUUCUGAGACUCACCUGACUCUGCAGUCAGAGGGAGUUCGCAUCACUGUGUGUGGGAAAUAAAAGCAGAUUCCCCAGUAA